UCGACCAACCAAUUAAGUUGCGCAGAUGCGUCGGAACCUCCCGAAAAGACCCUCUGACGCACACGCACGGGGGCGCGGCUCGCCUGUGUGCUUUGCGCCCUGCUAUGGGGCACAGCACAACACCAUUGCGCGGUUCCACUCUAGAACACAUGCCUCAUGACACACCCGAGCAGCGGCCGGGAGGUGAAGCCACGCAGACACCUGCCGCCGCCGCUGCUGCUGCUGAAAAAAACAGCAGCAGCAGCAGCGGCGGCGGCAGCGAGGUUGAGCCUGGCGCUCUUCCACAAUUUUCUUACUUUUGACCAACUCCCCCUUCGUUUCCUCCGGCGUUCUCUUUACGACGGUGAGGCUGCCGCGUUUGAUAGCGCGCCGCGUGUUAUCUUCUGCUAACGCGGCAACCAUACACUGCCCCCUCCUCUCUUCAAACUUCGUUUGUUUUGAUUCAGCUUUCGCGCAACGCGCCUCCUGCUGCCAAACGGCGCGGACCU